AUGAGAUCGUUUUUGAGCUUGAAUCGAUCGAUCUAUGAUAGGGGAAAAGUAUCAAGAUCGAUGACGAUACUAUUUUGUACAUUCUUCUUCUUUCUGAAUACAGUUACAGCAAAUAAAGAAAAGAUUAACCAGAAAGAAUAUGAAGUAUGUUCUGGGAUGUACUCUAAAGAAGACUAUGGCGGUAAGGUAGACCCAUUUAUUUCAUUCAACUUGAAAAAAUUAAAUUCCAAGAAUUCAGAUGAUGAAUCAGAUCCUAGUGUGACGGUGGCAAUAUUUGAUUUCCAAGACUACCUUCACUUAGGUGUUGAUUUACCAGAUGGCAAAAAAUACUACACUUGCGAUGAUUAUACCAUUGACUUAGGUCUUUGUGCUGAAGAAGAUAGAGACCAAUUUAUUGUCCAAGAUGUCGUCUAUGAUCCAUACACUAAAACAAACAAAAGUCUAAGUAACCCAGUUAUGUCAUUUUCUCAAGAUGCGUUGGGUUUACAUGAUACUAAGUAUCCAGUUAAAAAAACUGGGUACUAUUGUGUUACUGUUUUGACAAAUUCCGCUGAUACAAGAUUUGAUGCAACUAUCAAUUUCAGAAACGCUUAUGGUAACUUAGCAGGUUCAGAAAUCAAUAAAUUACCACUUUAUGGAUUACUAGCUAUUGCUUAUGCUAUUGCUAUGGCUCUUUAUUCCUUCUCGGUUUGGAAACAUAAGCAUGAAUUAUUACCAUUACAUAAAUAUCUAUUAGCGUUCUUUUUGUUUUUGACAGCAGAAACCAUUGCUGUUUGGACAUAUUACGAUAUUAAGAACGAAAAAGGGGAUUCUGCUGGUGCCAAAGUAUAUAUGGUUUUCUUAUCUAUUCUAACUGCCGGUAAAGUAACUUUCUCAUUUUUCCUAUUAUUAGUUACUGCAUUAGGUUAUGGUAUCGUUUAUCCAAAAUUAAAUAAGAAAUUAAUGAGACGUUGUCAAUUCUAUGCUCUUUUCACUUAUUGUUGGUGUAUUGCAUUUUUGAUUCAAAGUUACCUAGCUGAUACUGAGGAUCCAUCACCUUUAAUCUUAAUCACAUUUAUUCCAAUGGGUAUCUGUUUACUUGGAUUUUACUUUAUGGUUUUAAGAUCUAUGACAAAGACAGUUGCAUAUUUGAAAGAUCAAAGACAAGUCGUGAAAUUAAACAUGUACAAGAAACUUCUGUUGAUUAUUUAUGCAUCUUUUGUCUUUAUGCUAGCUGGAUGCGUUCUAACAUCAUUUAUCUUCAUUGGUAUGAAUUCAAUAGAUAUGAUAGAGAAGAAUUGGAGAUCUAGAUUUUUCAUGACUGAUUUCUGGCCAACUUUGGUAUAUUUUGCCGUUUUCGUUAUUAUUGCAUUUAUUUGGAGACCAACAGAUACAUCAUAUAUGUUGGCUGUCUCUCAGCAAUUACCAACGGAUCCUGAAAAUGUGGCAGAUUUUGAUUUAAGUGAUAUGCAAUCUUUAGCUGAACCAUUUGAGGAUGAUAACAUAAGUAUCAUCACAGAUGAAGAGCAAGGCCAUGGAUUUGUUAACACUAACGAAGCUUCUCAACAGCAACAAGCGCAACCAGACAAUACUACUACUGCUGCUAAGCAAGCUCCAACUGAUAUCCCUGAUGGCGAUCUAGAUUUCAAUUUCUCUGAUGACGAUGCUACUACACCAAAAGCUGACAAUAAGAAAGACUCUGGAUUUUCUGCACUUUAG